AAUAAAUGCAAAAUAAAAGGAAUAAAAGAGAGAAUAUUUGAAGUAGAGUAAGAUAAAGAGCAAAGAAUAGUAAAGAUAAAGAAGCAUGAAUUUGGGUUUAACACAAAGAGAUCCCACGAUUACCUAGUCGAACUUCGAUAAAUUACUCGAUCGUAAUUAGAAACUUUUAGAGAAGAUGAAGAUUUUCGUGAAGACUCUCAAGGGUAUCACCUUCGACAUCGAAGUAAAACCCGAGGAUACGGUUGCAGAUGUGAAGAAAACCAUAGAGGGAACCACAGAGAGUAAAGAGGGAGCAGAUAAAUAUCCGGCCGCACAGCAAAUGCUUAUCUACCAAGGGAAAGUUCUGAAAGAUGACAGUACACUGGAAGAAGUUGCUGAAGGCAGUUUUGUUGUUGUUAUGCUGAGCAAGAACAAGGGACCUACAGGUGAAGGCUCAACAACGGCAAACGCACCUAAGGCAGCACAGACAAGUGGCACAGCUACUUCAACUCCAGUGGCUACAAGUCCUCAGCCUCCUGCAGCUGCGGCUGCUCCAGCUUCUGCUCCAGCUCCAGUUCCAGCUGUCAGCGAUGUGUCAGAAGUGUAUGGCCAAGCUGCAUCUAAUCUUGUCGCUGGUAGCAAUCUGGAUGGGACAAUUCAGGAAAUUCUUGAUAUGGGUGGGGGUACUUGGGACAGAGACACUGUUCUUCGUGCCCUUCGUGCUGCUUAUAACAAUCCAGAAAGAGCUGUCGAGUAUUUGUACUCUGGGAUCCCUGAAUCGGCCGAAGCUCCAUCUGCCGGGCAGGAUGCUAAUGUAUCUGCUCAGCCUCAGCAAGCUGCUCAACCAGCACCUGCUCCUACAGCUGGCCCGAAUGCAAACCCAUUGAAUCUUUUCCCUCAGGGUUUGCCGAACGCAGGAGCGAAUGCUGGUGGUGCGAAUACCCUGGAUUUUCUUCGCACUAGUCCACAGUUCCAAACCUUGAGAGCAAUGGUGCAGAACAACCCGCAGAUCUUGCAGCCCAUGCUUCAAGAACUAGGAAAGCAAAACCCUCAAUUAGUAAGACUGAUUCAAGAGCACCAGGCAGACUUUCUACGUCUCAUCAACGAGCCUGUUGAAGGCAGUGAAGCAAUCUCUAGCAUGCUCGGGCAGUUGGCUGGGGCGAUGCCUCAGGCUGUUUCAGUUACACCCGAAGAACUUGAAGCUAUAGAAAGGCUAGAAGCAAUGGGAUUUGGUCGUGAAAUUGUGGUCGAGGUUUUCUUUGCGUGCAACAAAAAUGAGGAGUUGGCUGCUAACUACCUAUUGGAUCAUAUGCACGAGUUUACGGACUGAUGAUAUUAGGAAAAUAAGUGUUGGUAUAUUAAGUUUCCUACAAACAUAUCUGCUUUUNUUUCCGUAAACUUAUAUUCCGACUGUAUGGUGAACGUUUUUCUUCCUUUCGACCUCCGUUAUCUUAGGACUAAAACGACAUCAUUCAUGGCUAGAAAAAUGUAAUUACUUAUCAUAUCUAUCGUGUCUGGAUUCGUAACUUUGGUUAUUUAUAUAAAAUAUCUUGUCUUAAGUUAUGACUUGGGGUAGUGUACUUGGACUAAUUAGCCUUUUCUAUUAGGGAAUCUUGUUAGUUUUUAGCUCUGUGCACUAUGAAAAUGGCUGCUUGAAUUUUGUUCAAGGGACAGUCAAGAUAUCCUGAAGUUUAUUGA